AGUUCCGCCGGGCCGUGCUCGGCUGUGCCGUGCCGAGUCGGGCCAGGGCAGGAGCGGGUUGUGGGGUACGGCCUCAGAGUCGGCGGUGCCGGGGACAGGCGCUCGGGGCAUCCCGCGCCUCUCUGAGGUCCCCGCCCCGUCCCGGCCGGGCCAACUCGCCUGUCAGUCAGUGGGGCGGAGGCAGCGACGGUAGAGGGGCCGGAGCCGGGCACGGAGAAGAGCGCGGGCCAGGCCGAGCGGUGGGGACCUGCCCCUUAACUCCACGGACUCUUCGCCCCAGACUUGCGAAGCUGUACCCCCUGCGCUUCGUUGGACGCCUCCGUAACCCGCGAAGGGCUCUCUUCCCCCAUAGCCUCCCACCCCCGUGACCUCUUCCUAGGACCCGAGAGCUCACUCAGAAGAGGGUGUUGUGGGUACAGGCCAUCGACCCUGUGACCCCUCACAGGCCAGGGCCUUGGUUUCCCUCAGGCCUCCCUCCCCUGACUCCCUCCUCAUAGCUUCUGGGGACAGAGCCCUGACCUACCACCAGGACCCCUGCCUGCGAACUCCUCACUGACGGCUUCCUCCUAGGAGUCCCCCUCCGUGGGUCUCCUCCUAAGAGCAUCCCUUUUGGCCUCUGGCAAGCCCCCCCGCCAACCGAGGUGGGGAGGCCUCGGCAGCCAUGCUCGCCCUGGGCCCCCUGUCACCCCACCACCCCCUGGGCACCGAAGCCGGAGUCUAGCAGGGGGCCAGCAGCCAAGAGGCUGGGGCAGGAGACAGGUCACGGUCCACCUCCCUGCUGGGGAGGGAGCAAAGAUGGAGCGGCGGGAGGAGCAGCCGGGGGCUGCAGGGGCUGGAGCAGCACCAGCCUUGGACUUCACUGUGGAGAACGUGGAGAAGGCGCUGCACCAGCUCUACUACGACCCCAACAUUGAGAACAAGAACCUGGCUCAGAAGUGGCUGAUGCAGGCCCAGGUCUCCCCACAGGCCUGGCACUUCAGCUGGCAGCUCCUGCAGCCCAACAAGGUGCCUGAGAUCCAGUACUUUGGGGCCAGUGCCCUGCACAUCAAGAUCUCUCGCUACUGGAGUGACAUCCCCACUGACCAGUAUGAGAGUCUAAAGGCACAGCUCUUCACCCAGAUCACCCGCUUUGCCAGUGGCUCCAAGAUUGUGCUGACUCGGCUGUGCGUGGCACUGGCCUCGCUGGCUCUCAGCAUGAUGCCUGAUGCUUGGCCGUGUGCUGUGGCAGAUAUGGUACGGCUCUUCCAGGCUGAGGACUCACCAGUGGAUGGCCAGGGCCGCUGCCUGGCCCUGCUAGAGCUGCUGACAGUGCUGCCCGAGGAGUUCCAGACCAGCCGCCUGCCCCAGUAUCGCAAAAGCCUGGUGCGGGCCAGCCUGGCAGUGGAGUGCGGGGCUGUCUUCCCGCUGCUGGAGCAGCUGCUGCAGCAGCCCAGCUCACCCAGCUGUGUGCGUCAGAAGGUGCUCAAGUGCUUUUCCAGCUGGGUGCAGCUGGAGGUGCCCCUGCAGGACUGUGAGGCGCUCAUUCAGGCUGCCUUCGCUGCUCUGCAGGACUCAGAGCUCUUCGACAGCAGCGUGGAGGCCAUUGUCAAUGCCAUCUCGCAGCCUGAUGCCCAGAGGUAUGUGAACACACUCCUGAAACUCAUCCCACUGGUACUGGGACUGCAGGAUCAACUGCGACAGGCAGUGCAGAAUGGGGACAUGGAGACCUCCCACGGCAUCUGUCGCAUUGCUGUGGCGCUGGGCGAGAACCACUCCCGGGCCUUGCUGGACCAAGUGGAGCACUGGCAGAGCUUUCUGGCCCUUGUCAACAUGAUCAUGUUCUGCACGGGCAUCCCUGGCCACUUCCCUGUCAAUGAGACCACCAGCUCCCUGACCCUCACCUUCUGGUACACGCUGCAGGAUGACAUUCUGUCCUUUGAGGCAGAGAAGCAGGCUGUGUACCAGCAGGUAUACCGGCCGGUCUACUUCCAGCUGGUAGAUGUGCUUCUGCACAAGGCCCAGUUCCCUUCUGAUGAAGAAUAUGGAUUCUGGUCCUCAGAUGAGAAGGAGCAGUUCCGAAUUUACAGGGUGGACAUCUCAGAUACACUCAUGUAUGUCUAUGAGAUGCUGGGGGCCGAGCUGCUCAGCAACCUCUAUGACAAGCUGGGCCGUUUGCUUACCAGCUCAGAGGAGCCCUACUCCUGGCAGCACACAGAGGCCCUGCUCUACGGCUUCCAGUCCAUCGCGGAGACCAUCGAUGUCAACUAUUCUGAUGUGGUGCCCGGGCUCAUUGGCCUCAUCCCACGGAUCAGCAUCAGUAAUGUGCAGCUGGCGGACACUGUCAUGUUCACCAUUGGAGCUCUGUCUGAAUGGCUGGCUGACCACCCCGUCAUGAUCAACAGCGUUCUACCCUUAGUACUGCAUGCCCUAGGCAAUCCCGAGCUCUCUAUCUCUUCUGUGUCCACCCUCAAGAAGAUCUGCCGAGAAUGCAAGUAUGACCUGCCGCCCUAUGCUGCCAACAUCGUGGCUGUCUCCCAGGAUGUGCUGAUGAAACAGAUCCAUAAGAACCUUCCCCAAGAGGUUCAUUCUUCCCACCCACAACCAGGUGUGUCUGGGACUGACCCUCGAUGUUCUGCCCCACAGACGAGCCAGUGCAUGUGGCUGAUGCAGGCACUGGGCUUCCUGCUGUCAGCCCUGCAAGUGGAGGAGAUCCUUAAAAACCUGCACUCGCUCAUCUCACCAUAUAUCCAGCAGCUGGAGAAGCUGGCAGAGGAGAUACCUAAUCCCUCCAACAAGCUGGCCAUUGUCCACAUCUUGGGGCUUCUCUCCAACCUCUUCACCACGCUGGACGUCAGUCAUCAUGAAGAUGAUCAUGAAGGCUCUGAGCUCCGGAAGCUGCCAGUGCCGCAGGGACCCAACCCUGUGGUGGUGGUACUGCAGCAGGUCUUCCAGCUUAUCCAGAAGGUGCUGAGCAAAUGGCUGAAUGAUGCCCAGGUGGUGGAGGCGGUGUGCGCUAUCUUCGAGAAGUCAGUUAAGACGCUGCUGGACGACUUUGCCCCCAUGGUGCCACAGCUGUGUGAGAUGCUGGGUCGGAUGUACAGCACCAUCCCUCAGGCCUCCGCUCUUGACCUCACUCGACAGCUGGUCCACAUCUUUGCUCAUGAGCCUGCCCACUUUCCCCCAAUCGAGGCCCUCUUCCUGCUCGUCACCUCCGUCACACUCACCCUCUUCCAGCAAGGGCCCAGGGAUCAUCCUGAUAUUGUUGAUUCAUUUAUGCAACUCCUGGCACAGUUGAAUAGAGUUUCUUCAUCUGUUUCCGUGGAAGUUGACAACCCAACAUCCUCCUUUAGUGCCCCUUUGCCUCAACUAGCUCAGUCCUCCACAGAGACCAGGGAGAGGCUGAUCCCGAAGGGAGGGAGCUGGGCUGGCCUGGCGGAUGGGGAAGGGAGGGGGUGGUAACUGUGCCCAGCAGCUCCUGUGGGGCUGGGGUGGCCGAGGAGUUCAGGGGCAGGACCGGAGUUGAAGGGCCUGGGGUUCAUUGUCCCCGUGCUCCUGCCGGGAACUGCCUGCCUCAGUGCCCCCAGCCUGCUCUCGAGAGGUAGGCUGGGAGGAACUCCAAGGGAGGGGCCGAGCUGAAUGUGCUGCGGUGGAGCCCAGAGCUUGGCUGUCGCUGGGCUGUCAGACAGAUCCUGCUGCUGCUGGGAGGUGGGGUGCUGGCUUCAUUGUGAGAUGUGUCUGGUGUGUAAGUGUGUCAGACCUUACUUGUAUGUUUUGAGUUUGGUUUGGGAAGGGAGCAGAAAUCACGUGGCUGCCGUAAGUAGUACGUGUAUUGUGUUGAGUGUCGGGAUAAAUGUGUAGUUGAAGUGUGGGCCUGGGCAUUGUUGCGUGUUGUGUGUUGAUGUGCGUUAGGCAUUGAUGGAGUUUGAAUAUGGAUGCGUGUUGGAGGCGUGUGUGUUGGGCUGUGGGAGUGCGUGUUAUGGAGGGUUAGGCGUAAGUACGGUAGUGGUGUGUCUGUAUUAGGGGUUGUAUGUUUGAGAAGAUAUAUGUGUCGGGCUGUGGGAAUGUGGGGUUAGUAUGAUGGGGGGUUCUGUGUGUCAGAAAGUUCCUGUGAGUUGGGGGUUCCCAUGGGUUGUGGUAAAUGAUGUGUUUCUUUGCUUAAUCACUGCACAAAUAUAUUUUGAGUGUUUAAUACGUGCUUGGUAGUCUGCUAGGUGCUGAGAAUAUAACGGUGAGCAAAAGCAGCCACAGUUCUUACUCUCUUAGAACUUACAGUCUAGUGGAGGGGGCACAGGAGGAGUGGGAAUGGGCGGUGUGUCCUUGGCCUGGGUGGACGUGUGUGAGGGUAUCCAUGAGGGUGCAUCUUUGGGGUGAGGGCGUUUGAGUAUGUAUUUGUGCCUGUGCGUGGGGAGAGUGCACGUGCUGGGAAACUGGGUGGAACGAGGGUGUGGGCGUGUGGACAUGGUUUGGGGAUGUGGGGGGGGUGGGAUGUGAAUAUGUAGUGAGGGUGUGUAGCAAAAUGUGGGAGAGUGGUGUGUACAAGGGAUGUGAUAGAGGUGUGUGAUAGAGGGUCAGUAGGGCGUUUCAAGUGAGGGUGCAUGUGGGGCUGUGUGCACAAGAGUAAACAUGGGGGAGUGGAAGGUAUGUGAGGACUGAAGGGUUAGGGGUCGAUGUGCUACGCAUUGGGGGGCUACUGGGGAACAGCAGUGCUUGAUGACUGUGGGAGCUGUGCAGAGCAUCUCCUGUGACCUGAGGAUGUACCAGUCAUGCCCUGGUACCACUUGGGGUGGGCUCUCGGCCCCUAUACUCUGUCCACUCCCCCUGACAUGGCAGCCCUGGCUCCUGGGCUGGGUAUAGAGGAGAAGGGCCUGGACACAGGGUAUCCUGGGUGAAAGGCGGGGCUGUGGCUCCCAGGCUCCUGCCCUGCUUUUCCUCUUCCUAAGCUGGAGAGUGUCUGAGGAAUGCAGGCGGGACGUAGGAGGGGGGCUCUUAGACUGGGCUCCAUGUCCAGCUGCCAUCUCUUCUUCCUGCUGCCCUGUUAACAAAUCCAGGGGGCCUCAACUGCCUCUGUGAAUCAGAGUGAAGUCACUGCUGGCAACCUGGAGCCUGCAGGAGGUCUGGCCCUGAUGGUGGGAGGUGGGGAGUGAGGUGUUUGAUUAGGGGUGACUUGGGACCCAAACUUUUGCAUUAUGACUCCCAACCUCUCUCAUAUACCUGUGCGUUCAUGUACACAUACAUGUACAUAGCAUCCCUUGGCUGCUCCCCUCCUGACCUACUGAGCUCUGGAGUGGUCUGGGUCCCCCAGAGACGGCUGGGGGGCUGGUGUUGACAGCCUCUACUUGCGGUGUGUGAACUUGGGGUCUGGGUGGCAGGUGAGUGGGGGGAUGGUUCUUGGAGUUGGCUGGGGUGGGCUUACCAGCUCCACCUC